CAGUAUUUGAUUAGUUCACUAUGAACUGCCAUCAAGUAACAAUGUUUCUCUCUAUUUUCUAUAUUUUACUAGCUCAAGGAGGGUGUAAAAAGUUUCUAAUUGAAACUCUGGAUGAAGAAGAACCAAUAGAGGAUUCAACUUCCUACAGUGGAGCUGAGCAGAAGAGCAGGGACGUUGCAGAUCCAGAUCAGUACACCGCAGCUCCACCAGGGGGAAAAGGAAAUGAUUACUGGAGUGGAGUUAUGACAACCCAAAGACCAUUAGACAAACUUAUAUCGGCAGCACUUAAUCCAUGGAUGCAUCUGUUACCCCCCCGUGGUUGAUAGUUUCACAUGAACAAAAUUAUUUUCUAAAUAUUUGAUCAAAUUUAAAAUAUGUAUAGUUCUGUAUUA